UGGCAGCAACGUACGGCGGCGUCGUUUAGUGUAAACACCAGAAAGAAGAAGACUUGCUGUAUUUAGCAGCGGAGUGUCUUUUAACAAAAAUGUGAUCAUCUUUUACCGCAAUGCCAGCCUCAUAGCCAUCCGGAUAUGGAUGAAUUAUCUGAGCCAGGACAUCGACAGUCGGACCGCGACUAACGCCUUAACCUCCCCAGCUUGCCUUGCGCCAGAGGAGCAGAGGACAGGAUGCUGCUGAAGAUGCCUCAGAAGCUGCUGAAGACUGCCCACUACAUCGAGUUGGGCAGCUACCAGCACUGGCCCGUGCUAAUACCCCAGAGAAUAAGACUGUACACCUACGAGCAAAUCCCCCUCUUCCUCAAAGAAAACCCAUACAUCACGGACGGCUACCGGGCUCACCUGCCCUCCAAACUCUGCCUGAGGAGUAUUUUUAUGCUGUCUAAUGAGACGGUGAACAUCUGGAGCCACCUUCUGGGUUUCCUGCUCUUCUUCUUGUUGGCGGUCAAUGACCUCUCCUCAGUCCUGCCAGCCUCUGGAGCUAACAGAGAGGACUAUGUCAUAUACACUAUAGGACUGUUCUGCUUCCAGGUGUGCAUGUUGUGUUCUGUGGGGUAUCACCUGUUCUCGUGCCACCGAUCAGAGAAGACUUGCCGUCGCUGGCUGUCGUUGGACUAUGCAGGCAUCUCUGUCGGCAUCCUGGGCUGUUAUGUACCUGGGCUCUUCUAUGCUUUCUACUGUAAUGCUUUUUGGCGACAGGUCUACCUGCUGACAGUCCUGUCCCUGAUCCUGGCCGUCUUCUGUGCUCAAGUGCACCCUCGUUACCUCAGCAACGACUGGCGGCGGAUACGGGUGACGAUCUUCUGCUGUGUGGCUGGAAUCAGCGUGAUCCCUGCGUGUCACUGGGUCUGGCUCAACGGAGGGUUCGGUACUGAUGUCGUACAGCUGUUCCUGCCUCGUGUGAUAGUGAUGUACCUGAUUGCUGGAUCUGCCUUCCUGUUCUACGUCACCAAGAUCCCUGAACGCUAUUUCCCUGGCCAGCUAAACUACCUGGGCGCCAGCCACCAGGUGUGGCACGUACUGGUGGUGGUGAUGUUUUACUGGUGGCAUCAGACAGCCGUGCACAUCAUGCACUUCAGACACAGCCAGUCCUGCCCCACCCGGAACAGCAGCAGCUAAGUUAAACUGAUCAGAUAUUGCGAUGGGAAGGCCAUCAGAUGCAGGCUAAUUGUUAGUAGGUAUCAGUUAAACUCAUUGUGUUAUUAUUCAAGGAUUUCUUACCAGUUAGCUGCUGAUUAGAAGUUGCUACUAACUGUAACUAACUACCAGCAGCUCGAGACUAUUAUCUCCUAAGGUCAGAAACCAAGAGUCUGACAGUAGCUUCCACUGAGCCGUUGGUUACUGUCGGACUGUUCGAAAACCAGUAUCGUGUCCAAGUCUACUGAAGAUGCCAGCUAAGAGGUUUCAAGAGCUACACUAAAUCUUAAAUCCUCUUAGCAAAAGCUGAACUGAUGUCAAAAGUUAUGUAGCCGCUCCACACUGAUGGACAGAAAAUAUCACUCGAUGUUGCCCCGUAAUCACUAUGAUCAACGCAUGAAACAAGAAUUCUUUUGUAGAAACUGACUAACGUUUGAUGUUUUUUAAUCGGUCGAUAAUUGGUUAUCAUGUUUUUUGUACAGAAGUAUUGAAAAUCUGUCUAUAAGUAUGAUUUUGAAUUGAACAAACAUAGCCUGUGUGAACUCCUUUUUGCAUUUAUUUUCGUUUCAUCAAUCAGUUCCUACAGGAUUAGAUUGUAUGAAAUGUCUUGAAUAGUGGAAAGCGGAGGAAAAGAAAACACAACAACUGGAAAUUCAACACUGUGAAUCGAGCAUUUGUAGCUUUUGAACAAAUGUUUUAAUCAAUGAUCAAACUGGAACAUGUUACAAAAGAUGUGGGAACCCUAUUUAGGCCACACUGUUUUCUUAGCACUUCUUGAUUUGUGUCCUUUUUUUUAUUUUGUGUGUUUGUUCUUUGCAACAAUGGUGGCAGUUCUAGAAAAGAAAAUACUGUAAUAUCUCUUUACAGUGCCCUCACAGUACGUGGGCUGUCACAUCAGCCUAAAUACCACACAGUUAAUCAACAUGUUGUAUAGUCAUCAUCACCUUUGAAAUAAUUGUCAUUAUUGGCCUGCCAUUACAAGGAAAGUGAUGAAAUUAUUGCUAAAUCUCAUUGAUAAUCAUAUCGCCACUGCACAUCAGUCUACUGACAUCAUGUUGCAUGAUUUUGGUGUCUUAUUUGUUUAUUAGUUUGCCUAAUUUGCCCAUCACAGCUUUCGUUCGUAGAUGCACAGUAAAUCAGAUAAAGCUGAAUACAGUUCUGGCCAGUGAGCAAGUAUAAAGUUGAGAUUUCCAAUGAACCGACAGUGCAGUGUUUAAGUAUUGUGUUACAUCGAAAUGACAACAAAACUAUCUGUAACUUGCCUCUACAGGGUACACAUAGUUUUGAUUUUAUACAUUGUGUGAUUAAUUCAAUGAAGGUGAAUGGAAUUUAGCUUUUGGUGUCUAAACCAUGAAAUGACAUGAAAAACACAAUUCUAACAGUUUUUUUAUGGACUGUCUGCCAUUGUUAGAAAGUGUUUUCAAAACCUGGGCAAAAACAAUCCCAGUUCCCUAAAAAGUUGGGACACUGUAGACAGUAUAAAUAAAAUCAACUGAAAAAAGAACAGGGUGAACAAAAGACUAUAAAAGUUGUGUAAUGUUCCAAAAGCACCUGUUUGGAACAUUGCACAGGUAAACAGGUUCGUGCGGCGAGGUUCAGCACUUUGUGAAACACAUAUAAAGGACAUCACUACAUGGGCUCGGGAACACUUUGUAAAAUCAUUGUUGGUGAAUACAUUUUGUAAAUGACUACAUUUAUGUUUUUACACAGCGUCCCAACUUUUUUCGGAACCAGGGUUGUGAAACAAAAACGAAACAUAAAUGUUGAUAUUUUACUCUUUUUAACAGUAGCUUGCGUUGUUCGAGAAAGACAAUGAAAUCACAUUUUUGCUGAGAGCUCAGUGAACAGAAGUUCACAGUUCACAGUGGUAACCAGUUAUCAGAUGUCCUCUCUCUCAUAAAGGCUGCCGGUGUGUUAAAUCAUCAGUGUCUACUUGAAGCUGUUACAUAGGGCCAGUGUUUGGAGCAGAUACGUAUUUAAAUGUUUAGCGUUAUGUCUUGUGUUUACUUUUAGAUAUUUUUAAUCACAUUUGUACUGCAUCUGCCUUAUUAUGUUCUACCUAUUUAUACCGUAUACACUCAUACUGUUCGAAUCUGUUCUUGGUCCAGAAAGAAACAAAAACCUAAAGAAAAUGAUUGAACAUGGACCGACAUCAUCUUCGCUGUCACACCACAGGGCCAUUAUGGUUUUUACUGUACUUCAUUUUGCCUUUUUGAGUGUGUUUAGUUUUUAUUCUCGAACAUGAACUCUGCCCUCUCAUUAUCAUAUAUACUAUGCCUGAUGUUUUUCUGAAUGAGCUCAUGAUUGUUUGAUCCUGUGUUUGAGGUUUUUUUUUUUCUUGAAUAUCAUUUAUAUGAUGAAGCAAUGGCACUGACCUGCAAGAUGUAUAAUAUUUAUUUCAGUGCCUAUGUGAAACUAUAUUUUUAAAUAUUCUGAAUGAAUAAAGAAUGCUGGAAAAGAAA